AUGCAUUGGACAGAGUGCUAAUAAUGUGCUCUCGUGCACAAAACCACGGACAGGCAACUAAGGAGAAAAGGGACUAGCAGAAAAGCCUUACACACACUACAGUCGUGAAUUUCACCACAUAGCUUAUUUCCCUGCAUUUUGAUUAUCACUUGAAAUAUACCUGACCAAACUUGUUGCCAGGGUACCACAGAGCAUGCAAGACAGCUUAUGUUUUUUGUCAAUAUGAUACUAUCAAUUUUUGUGGAUCACUAUUACCUAUUCUCACGGUCAAGUUUCUGAGUAAGCUUUAGUAUCAAGCCUAGCAUGGACUGAGCACCAACAAAGUCUUCUGUUGAUCUUUCAAUUAUUGUUUCACUUUUAAACAUUUUAAAAUUAAAUCAGAGCUUUCAAACAUUAAUAUCCAAGCUGAGAAAUUCAACCUUGCACUCCUUUAGAAGUCAGCGUGACCUCUAAGCAAUUAAAAAAAAUUAAAGGUACUGUACCUCCCGUAGAGUCCUACUGCCAAUGUUUAUAAUUUUACAAUCCUGUCCCUCACAUGCACACCCAUUUAAAAAAAAUAUAUUUUUCAAACUAUUGCUCUAUGAAGGACAGAUACAAAAGGCAAAACAGACUCCAGGGGACAUGGUGAAACUGACUAGACUGAAAUCCGCGGUGGAACAAGAGUCAGACUGAAUAACACACACAAUGUUGAUGACUGGGGGAGAGAGUGAAGGACAUACUGUUCUUUAGCAUCAUUAUUACAGACUGUUUAAGACAAAAUGAAGAUCUUUAUUCUGAUUUGGAAACAUUAGAAUUUAAGCAUCUGAACUACAUUUUCUGUUUUCUACCUUAUAAGUUUUACUAGUCAUCCCAUAUUAUUGCAGUAACACAGAAAUGCAGGACCAGCAAUUGGUGGAAAGUCCUAGCACCAUAGAAGCAUUAAGCUGGAUGUCUUUGAAAGAUCUUACGGCCAAAGUGAGUGGUAUGUCUCUCAGUCAGAAUAAUGAGGGAAUUGAUGAAUGUAACAUAAAUGAAAGCAGAACUAAGGAAGAUACAGUGGAACUUGAAAUGCUGUAUCAGAGCAUCCCCUGGGGGAAUGGUAGAGGAAGAAAUUGUGAAGGGUUUUCUGAGAGCAUUCAUUGUACAUCAGAAUCUAACAGUUCCUGGGGUGAUUUUGAAAGUUUCAGUGAAUCCUUAGUCAAGUCUGAGAGCAUCAGUCACACUCCUGAAGUUUUGGUGAAUUCAGCAGAAACAAAAACGUCUAAAACUGAUGUGGAGUUACAUGGAGAACAUUGCAACUCUUCUCAUGGGCAUCACUGCUCCAAACCAUCUGUACACAAUGGGAGGGAAGCUAGUGCUAGUUCGCAGGAUAAGGCCAAUCUCAGCUAUGAGGAUAUUUUUAAGUUGAGUUUUCCAGAAGUCAUUGUACCACAGUCCACAGAGAGCAUAAGAAGCUUAGAUCAAGUUCUUGACACAGAUAAUGAAGACAUUGGGAUUCCUGAAUUUGCGAAGAGACAGCUUUGCAUUGACUCUGGAAACCUCUGGAGAACUCUUAGACACCCCGAUAGCACCACGGGUUUAAGAUGUCCCUGGAAUAAAUCCCACUGCCAGGAAAACUUCUUAUCUGCUCUUGGAAUAGAUAUAAAUCAAAAGAACUUCUCAGGAGACAGCAAAGAUGGUUUGGAGGAGACAAAUGUUAAAAUAAAUGAAGACUUAGAAGAUGGAUUCAAUAUUAGUAACUGUAAAGCACUAAUUCAAACCAAGUUGUCUGUAUCACCAGAUUCCAGACAUGGUCAUUUCUUUAGUUAUAACCUGUUUUUGAAGAGGACACCAUCAAAUGGAAAUAUGCAAUUUAAAACAGUCCCAGGAAAGAAGAGGAUUUUCAGUACACACAGUCUUAAAAUGAAAAUUUUCAAUAGUGAUGUUUGCUAAAGUAAAAGUACCUAUCUUUCCUUCAUUUUGUUACUGGGUUGUUACCGAAGACUAGAGAUGUUUUUGUGAAGAAAAAAGAAAAAAAAUCUUAUGUAAUAGCUGUAUGUCGCACCUAAAGCAAUUCUCUUACUAAAAGGUACUUAUUCUAUUUAGUUUUAGAUUCUAGUUUUGUCCUAGUAAAUUUUGGUGGCAGUCAUGGUAAAUGAUGAAGUCAUAUCUUGUACGGUAAUCCAGCUAGAAUCAAGCGUUACAUUUAAAGGCAUUUGGUCGUCGCUCUGUGACCUUUUAAACAACUGUUCCCUUUUGGGUCUAAAUGGAUCUUUUUAAUUCAAACUCCCUCCUCUCCCCAAAAAUCUGAACACAUCUUUGGUGUGUUGUAAGGUGUGCCUUGGUGUUACCAUUUCUUUUCCUUGACUUGCUUUGUUUUGGACCAUCCUUGGGUCUGGUACUGUGUGCUGCUGAUCCCUUACUCUGAGGGGCCCCUCUCCACCUCCACUACACACACUAUGACUUUCACAUCAUUUUCUGUUUAUAACCAUGGCUCUGUACAGUUUUACCUCCGUUGCUGAAUGGCAUUUUUACUGAGUGGCGUUCUAACACAGUUUAACCAGCUAGCCUGGAUGAAGUCAGUGUUAUAAUCAGGUUCAGAAACUGUUCUAGGAUCAGUCUCUGCUUGUAAUAGAAUGUCUUUUGAAUGUGUUUGUAACGCGACUUUAGAAACAUUCAGCCCCCAACCAUUUAAAACUGUGCAUAGUCAUCAUGGUUGUAAAACUGUUAGAAGCUAGUUGUGCAGUCAAGGCCUUAUACUGUGCAGUACUGUAGGCUGCUAUUUUAAGACUUUAAAUUUCAUACUAAUGACUAACUAGUUUGCCCACUGUCCUGCAUGUACAAGUCCCAUAGUACCAAGUCAGGUACACUUCAUAUUUAAUAUCAGCCACAGAAGCUAUGGCUCGCUCAUGACAAACAUUCAUCUUCACUUGGUGUAUAAGUUACUCAUUAGCAAGAACUUUAUAUGCAGGUUAUAGCAAUAUUUUUGUUAUUUUGUCCCUUAUGAAUGUGAAAACUUUGUAUGAUUGUUUUUAUUCUAACAAGCCAGAUAAGCCUCUGUGACUUUAUGUAGAUAACUUUACUGCAUUAUAACAAGAGGUUUUGUACAUGUUAAAGUAUACUGUAUAUAGUCGAAUUGUAAAGGCAUGUGACAGAGAAACUGGAUAAUCUGAAAUUAAAUGUUUUAAAUGUUAAUUUAAAUACUAAAAUAAUUCAUUCUUUUUGUGUUAGGACCUGUAUUUAAAUGAGAUUCUCACUAAGGCCUUGCCAAGACUUAUGCACAUGCUUAACUUUAAGGACAUGCGUAGUCUAUGCAUAGGUAUUGGCAGAAUCGAGGCCUAAAUCUGGGUAAACUCCAUUCAGCAGUAAAAUCAGAGCUGAGUUAUACAUUUAGUAGCAGUAGUAACUUUCAGGAUACCUCAGUGCUAUUAAUUUAGGGAAAAGUGUUUGCAUAAUGUCUACUCAGUUAAUGGCAACAGUUUAGCUUAACCAUUAGUCUUUUAUUUGAAUAGGUGCCAUUUAAAAUGGCCCAGGAAUCUAGGGCUCUGAUCCUGUAAUGAUUUCUGCAUGGCUAGACCCAAAGCUUUAUGUGGGUGUAGGAUCAGGGCCGAAGGUCUUAUAACUUUAAAGAAACACUGAGCUUCCUAGCUUCGGAAACCUUCUUAUAGUAAAAAGUUGGCAAGAGCUAACAAAUCUGCACUGAUUUUUGUAAUGUUGUAUUUAAUAAAAUG